CAGAGAGUCUUUGAAAUAAUACAAACUAUGUGGUUAAAGAAAGAAGGCCAACCCAGUGUUUCCCAACGUUCUUCUCUCAGAAUAAGGUGGUGCUUCAGAGGAGUGGCAGAGACAAACAGAAGGAGGCUCAUAUAAAGCAGCUCUGUGCUCUUGAUUGUGUGAUUGUGGAGGACUUACUUUAACAACACCAGAAUUACAGCUUAUUAAAAAAGGAGCAUUGCAUUUAUUUACCACCUAGGUUUUGAGGGGUUUUGUGAUGAAUUCUUUACCUGGGGAUUUAAUGCUGGCUCCAUGAGGAAUCCACAAACUUCUGAAGAGGUCUGACACCGAGUGUGUUGAAGACGUCAGGAAUCCUUGUUUUUAAUUUUAUUCUUCUUCCUUAACCCUGAGACAUGGUGCUCUGGAUCAUCCUUCCCAUCUCACUAACACUGGUGUCCUUCAUUGGAACAUGGAGCAUAUAUGGCAUGGCCUACUCCAACAAUCAUGUGUGUUCGCUCAGUGAUUGGAGUGGUAAAAAUGUCUGUCGAGGGAACGUGACCAUAGGAUGCUGCUUUGUUCCUACAAUAAGUGGAAGUGGCACCUUUGCUCCAGAAAGCUCGCUGUUUUCAGCAACAAUGAACGCAGGAACCUUUCUAUUUGUGCUGUUCACCGUAUUCCAUCAUGCCCACAUAAUGGAGAAACACAUGUGCCAUUCCAUGCUGAGCAAAAUAGCGUUAGCCUUUGGGCUUGUGGCAGGCGCCGGGGCCUUUGCUGCUGGAAACUGCAAUCCAGGUGAUGUAACUCUCCUGCACUACCUCGGAGCCGCUGUCAGCUUCACGUGUGCCUGCUUCUACACCAUCCUGCUCUGCGCCCUGACGGGGAAGUGUGUUCUGACCGGGUUCGAAAGGUUCCUCUUCCCUCUGCGCGUCUUCUUCGCAGUGGUUCAGUUCACUGUGACUGUCUGCUAUACCAUUUUUUUCGUGCAGGAAGAGUACCUUUACAACCUCCUGUCUGCAGUUUUCGAGUGGACCCUCAGUGUCAACCUGCAGAUAUUUGAGCUCACCUACACAGUGGAGUUUUUCUUCUUCUCGUCCUUCAUGGUUUCAAAUCUGCUGACCAAACGCGAGGAGGAAAAGCCCUUGAUAUUGUCCAUGUCCUGAUAUAAGGCGGCCAGGUUCCAGCAGGAAAGCACAAACAGCAGUGAAAGACUUCGUAGGACAUCAGUAACCACAGUGGCUGGACCCUGGCUGAAGGUUCAAUAGUGUUUUAUAUUAUUUUAUCGUUUUAGUCUUUGAUGGCUUGGAUUGCGUUUACUUUUGUUUCAUCAGCUCAACUGUUACUUGAAAAAAGUUUCCUUAAAUUGGGCAUUUCUGUAUCUUAGGUAAUGUAUUUAUUAAAACUCUCCCACUUUAACAGCAACAGAACAAAUCACAUACUUGGAUGGUAUAAUGCCUGUCAAAAUCAUUCCCUCUCUGGAACUUUUUCUCAUUUUUUGUCACAUUAACCAUAAACUUCUUCUUUUUUUUUUAGUGGGAUUUUAUAUGAUACCCCAAUCUGAAACAUGCAGUGUGCAAAGGUAUUGAGAAGCACUGAGCCAGCACUUUGUAGAACAAUCUUUCACUGCAUUUACAGCCACAACACUUUUGGUGGUACGGCUCUACGAGGUUUCCACGUCUACAAAUAAAAAUUUCUACCCAUUCUUCUGUGCGAUAUUGCUCGAGCUCAGUCAGAUUGAAUUGAUAAGAAAUUUAAAAUCUUGCCACAGAUUGUUCUUUGAAUGUAAGUCUUGAUUUGGACUGGACCGUUCUAACCUUUAACUGUGCGUUGAUCAAACCAUUCCACUGUAGCUGUGUGACUGAUUAAUGCUCUCCUUGCCGAACUCGCCAGUUUAGAUGGAUUGUCAUAUUUUUGUGAAUUUAAUGUUGUGCAAUAUCUGUUCCAUUUUCAAGCAUGAGAUUCAUCACUUUUCUCCCUGAUCUGUCUGCUGUGUUGCUUGGUCUUCACUAAUGUUCUCUAACAAACCUCAAAAGCUUUCAGAGCAGGUUUUAGUUAUUCUGAGAAUGACUUUCACACAGAUGGACUCCAUUUACUAAUUGGGAGACUUUCAGAGGUAAUUGCUUGCUCUGGAUUUUAUGUAGGGAAUAAAAGUGAGAAUGCCUGAACACAAAUGUCACACUUUGCCACAAAUUUGCAAACCUUGUCUCAGUUUCCUUCUACUUCUCAAUUAUGUAGUACUUUCUGGUGGUCUAUCACGUAAAACCCUAAUAAAACGCAUUAAAAUUU